AUGUGUGAAGCUGUAUCUUCAAGUCUCACAAUUCUAGAUUACAAACCUCAAAUGGGUUUGGAAUUUGAUUCACUAGAUGCUGCAAAAGAUUUCUACAAUGAGUUCGGGCGGAUUACCGGUUUUAGUCUUAGAAUUGAAUAUACUAACACAUGUAAGAAAACAGGAAGGAUCAUUUCUAGGAGGUUUGUAUGUUCAAAAGAAGGGUUUCGACGUGAAGACAAGAGAGAUGAUAAAACUAAAAAUUCACGCCAAGAAACAAGAACUGGUUGCAAGGCGCGUAUGAGUGUUUCAUUCAACAAAAAUAGACAAAACUAUGUGGUUAUUGAUUUUGUUGAGGACCACAAUCACCCACUUCAUAUUCCACAAUGUGUCCAUUUAUUGCCUUCACAAAGAAAAAUUGCAAAAGCUCAAGCAAUUGAAGCUGAUUUGGCAGAGGCAUCCGGGAUUAGAUGGAGAUCGACAUUUGAGCUUGCAUCUCGACAGGCAGGUGGAAGGGAAUGUCUUGGUUUUACACGUCAGGACUUAAAAAAUUAUCUUCGAACUAAAUGUCAGAAGGAAUUGAAGUUUGGGGAAGCUGGAAGUUUGUUAGCAUAUUUUGCAGACAAAUCAAUGAAGGAUUCAUCUUUUCACUUCACUAUGCAGCUAGAUGUUGGAGAACAAAUUACUAACAUCUUUUGGGCUGACCCGAAAAUGAUAAUUGACUAUAGUUUAUUUGGGGAUUUUAUGAGUUUUGACACAACAUAUAGAACCCACAAGGACUAUUGGCCACUAGCGGUGUUUGUAGGGUUUAACAAUUAUAGGAAGACUGUUAUAUUUGGGGCUGCACUUCUAUAUGAUGAAACAAUUGCCUCUUUUGAGUGGUUAUUUAAGAGUUUCUUAGAUGCUAUGCCAGGGAAGCAGCCAAAGACCAUUUUCACUGAUCAAGACCCUGCAAUGGCAAAGGCUAUCUCAACAGUUCUUCCUGAUACGUUCCAUAGAAUAUGCACAUGGCAUAUGAGGCAAAAUGCAAUUAAGCAUUUAGGAAGCAAAUAUAGAGGUGAUGAUGGUGGGAUUGGUGCAGAGCUUACUAAAUUUAUUUACAAUUAUAAAGAUGAGGAAAGUUUCUCCAGUGUUUGGGAAGACAUACUCGAUAAAUUUGAUGUUUGUGAUAGUAGUUGGUUGCCUACUAUAUAUAGGGUUAGAGAAAAAUGGGGAAAACCAUAUGUUAUGGAAGUUUGGUCAGCUUGGGCAGAUACCACGCAAGUUAGCGAAAGCUUCAAUGGUAAACUACGUACUUUCUUACAAUUAGAUUUGGGGAUAUUGUAUUUUUUCAAGCAUUUUGAGAGGAUUAUUGAUGAUAUUACUCAUAUUGAGUUUGAUUGUGAGUAUGCUUCUCGUCAAAAGUUGCCAAAAAUUGGCUUGCCCGUUCCCUUGUUGAUCAAUGCAGGAGAUUUUUAUACAAACCCAAUCUUUGAGAUAUUUAAAGAACAAUUUUUGAAAAGCUUGUCUGCUUUUGCUUGGAAACGAGAUGAAAACAACCUUUCACAUGACUAUAUGGUGAAAGUGCUUGAUGAGCCUAAAGUUCGUGAAGUUAAAGUCAACUUACAAGGCCCAAUGGUGUCAUGUACUUGUCAAUUGUUUGAGAGUUGUGGAAUUUUGUGUGCCCAUGCUUUGAAAGGUCUUGACAUGAUGAACAUCAAGGAUAUACCAUAA